UUUCAACCUGAGGUAAGUCUAGAUUUGAUAUGUAAGGGACAGUGUGUCCAGUUAUCUGAGACUACUACUAAACCACCACUACAUGACUCUCAGUCUGGGGAAAGUCCAGAUUUAAUGCUCAAACCUUCAAAAGUGAAUGCUACCCCACAGGUGUUAACAGACAAUCAAUUUAGGAGCUCAACACUGCAAGAUAAAGCAGAUGUAACUCCUGUAAUUCCAGAGAAGACCAAGGUAACAAAGUUCAUUGAGUUCCCUAAGAGUGAAGAACUGCAAAACCCAUCAACUGAUUUAGAUUCUGGAUCAAAUCAUCCACUCAACCUAAAAUCCGAAGAGCAUGUGAAUGAGCAUUUAAAACUGCAGAGUGAUCAAGUCAGUCCAGCCGUGUUAAAGAGGAAAUCCGAGGACCACAAUCUUCAAGAGAAAGUACCAGAACAGUUUGAAACCAUUGAGCUGUUGAUAUUAGAGGAUUCAGACUCUCAGGAGACAGAGCUGAACAAUUCUGAACCUAUAGGACCAAGAGCUGCACUGAGAAAUCAAACAAAAAUGAGCAAAACUGAGCCUAUAGAACCAAAGACUAUAAAUUGUAGAAAAUCUACGGAGAAUAAGCUUGGUCAUGAUGUUUACAGUAGGCAUAGAAAGAAAACGUGUCACCCGACAGCUCUGAUUGAUGAGAAACAAGAAGGGGAACAUAUUUGUUCAAAUCAGAUGAACAAGAACCUGCCAGAGGCCAAACCCAAGCUGGAGUGUCUGGUUAGGAAGCAACCACAUCGACCAACAUCCAGAAUUCCUAUUCAAGCAAGGGGAGGGUUAACUAAGUUACCCAUCAGCAAAGCUGACACUAGCAAUCGUUCAUUUGGGCUUCAAGCUCCUAAAGCUGGCAUGCAUAGACACCCAUUUGGAAAACUACUGGGGCAGAAUAAGCCUAGCAUUACAUCAUCUCCAUCUCCUGAAAAAUUGUCCCCAGGAGGAGUUGCUCCAGUUAGGUCAACACAAAGACCCCCUUGCACAGUCCCUGCACCAAAUGGUUCCUCUUCUCCCUCAAAACUGCCACAGGUCCAGCUGAUUGCACCUAAGAUCGGGCAGUCAGACCAGCCAAAUGUUUCCAGGAAACGCUCUGCAUCCUUAACAAAGUAUAGUUGCUCUUCUCCUGGAAUUUCCUGUCCAGCACAAGUAAGGAAGCAGGUGACUAAAGGGUCUACACCAAACAAGUAGAAUAAGGCACCAAAUUCGUUGCAUACUAGUUUCAUGAAUGUAAUAAUGUGCAAUAAAAAAAAUGCUUAAAGGCCACUGGGUUAUUUUAGUAUUUUUAUGGAACUUUUAUUGAACCAUGUGAGUUGAACUCAUAUAAAACUGCUUUAUUUAUGCUAUUUAGUCAGCAGAAAGUUAAAACAGGAUUAACAUAGGAUUUUUCCAAUACAAAUAAGUUUUUCUAAUUGAUGAAUGUGUUAUGUAAAUUUCAGGCACAGACUUUUAGAUAAAGCUUUAUGAUUGUCCUUAAAGCUAUUAAUAUGUAAAUCAUUUAUUUAUUUCUAUUCAGCUCGAUGUAAAUGAUCAAAUACUGCUCUUAUUAAAUCAUC